CCCCCCCCCCCCCCCACGGUGUCUCUCACACACGCGCACAAACUUACACACUGUUCCCGCUCCUCGUCUUUUUCUCGAUGUUCGCUUGAGAUAAGCGAGAAGAUUCCGCUGCAUCCUGAUUCCUCGUUUUCUCUCCUUCCCUUCUUGGGUUCGUUUCCUGUCUGUUUGGGUGUACGUCAUUCUCUCCCUCUUAUUGUCGUAUACUGCUUCAGGAGGCAUUGCAGUGGAAUUUUCGCAAUGCCUUCCGUAUGCAUGUUGCAGGUGGAACGUUCUAUGCAUUUGUGCACGUUUUCCCUGCUGGGUGCAUUUGUUGCACUUUUGCGUGUUGUUCUCUUUAGAUUUUUUACCUAUCUGUGUUCCCACCUGCUCCUUCUCAAGUCUUCUCCUCUUUGCCCCUUCUCCGGCGCCCUCGCUGUGUUGUCUUUCCUAGUCUUAUUGCUCCUACAAGUAGCCAGAAGUGAACAAAUCGGGGGCCGUCCUCCGUCCUGCGCGCCAUCGUUUCAUGUGUGACGUGUUCUCUCCUGACCUUACUUCCCUCCACCGAGUAGAGAAACUCGAACGAGGAGAGAGAGAGAGCUGCAGUUGAGUGGAUUCUCUGGCGCGUUCUCUUGGCUCGUCAAUGGGGGGCAGGAGAAAACGGCGUGGGGAAAUCUCUCUUUUUCGAUCUCGUUUGUGCCCUUUUUCACCGUUAGAUGGAAAGAACAGCAUAUUAACUCGGCGUUUGAAAGAAAUAAGGACAUAACUCGCCGUUAGAAAGAGAGAAUUACUAUAAAAAAAAAAGAAAAAAAAAAAAGAAAGAGAGAAUUACUUAACUCGGCGUUAGGAAGAAAGAGUAGCAUGCAUAACUCGGAAUCAGCGUUUUACGAUAUGCUGGGCCCGUAGUUGUGGCGACGGUAACAGUCAUGCCGUCGCGCGCGAUUAUGAUAAGUAAUUUGCUUACUUAUUAGUCUGACUCUGUCUGAGAUCAUAUAAGUAUGAUAAUUUUUAUCCUGAUGAUUAUCGUCGAGACUGUCUUCUUCUUCACAGACAGGUGGAUGCGGGAGUGUGGUGUGCCCCUCGAUAAGCCCUGGAGCGCAGCCAGGCGAAACGCGUCGGGGAAUGUGCGCGUUUGUGAGCUUCAAUGUCCAUGCAGGCUACUGAAUACUUCUUUUAAGCGUGGACACGUGGUGAUUGACCUCGCCAUUACUGUUUCGUUCUUCUUCCCGACAGUGUCUGUACACACGGCCGCUGGCAUUGAUUGGGAAGGAAAGCCUAUCUUUGGUUCUUUUAAAAAAGAAUAGAGCGAUUGGCACCUCCCUGAUCACCUAUCUGAAAUCGAACAGAUUCUCAAGCAACGGCUAAAGCUCCUUUGUAUGUGGGGAAAUCCAUACGAAAUGGAGGCAAGCGCGGCGAGCCGUAUGGGCCUAAGAGGACAGGAUGAAACGCGGAAUGGAACAGAGGAGCUGAAACGGAGAGCCAAACGGAAAAUAGAAGCCGUCUGAGUCUAACGGUAGAUUAAACUGUGAAUCAAACGGAGAAUCUAAAACAGAGAAAUGGAAGGGAGGAUUUCUCUAAUAGAGAACCGAGAACUGAACAAUCCAAGGUCUUAACUUGGUUGCCGUCGCCAUUACCUCUAGUUCUGUUCUGUGUCGUCUGUUCUAGUUUUCCCUCCUACCCCUGAUGAUUUGCCCUGUUUUCCCUCCUACCCCUGAUUCAGACGACGCACGAGCAAUGGUAAAACCAAGCUAAGGGCUUUGGUGGCCGUCGCGAUUAGCUUAGUUCUGUUCCCCGUUUUCCCUUCUACCCCUGAUGCUGACGGCGCAUUAGUAAUGGUGAAACUAGUUAAGGGCUUAACUUGGUGGCCGUCACGAUUAGCUCAGUUCUUUCUUUUUGCGUCUAUGUUUCUUCUCAGCGGCUUCUGUGCCCUGUUUUCCCUCCUACCCCUGAUGCAGACGCCGAACAACUAAUGGUAAAAAGUUUAACUAACCGUUAUGGUUAAAUGGUUUAGCUAACGGUAAAAAGUUUAGUUUUAGGUAACGGUAAAAAAGUUUAGUUUAGGUAACGGUAAAAAGUUUAGUUUUAGGUAACGGUAAAAAGUUUAGUUUUUUUUUUUUUUUGUCCUUGGGGACAUCCGUUAAAAUUGGAACGUACAGAGAAGGAAGAUUAGCAUGGCCCCUGCGCAAGGAUGACACGCAGAAAUCGAGAAAUGGUCCAAAUUAAAAAAAAAAAAAAAAAAGUUGUUUAGGUAACGGUAAAAAGUUUAGUUUUAGGUAACGGUCAAAAGUUUAGUUUUAGGUAACGGUAAAAAGUUGAGUCUCGCCUCGACGCGCUCUUUAGUGCUCUCUUCUUGAUGAACUAGUGGCUUUGGAUGAGAUGAGGUAGAGGACAUACCUAGUAUGUCUUUUUUUUUCUUUUUUUUUUCUUUUUCUUUUUUUUUAAUAUCAUAAUGUCGUAUUUUACUAGUUUCGUAUGUCGUUGCUUUGACAUCGACGGCGCUCGUAGAUUGCUCGUGCAGUCGUCAAGUUGCUUGGCUCUCGCGUCCAUCGUCCAUUUUCUUCAGGAUGUUUUGCGAGACCUUGUUUUCUAGUCUCGCCGAAGAAAGGCGGAGGGUGCGUUUUGGCUUGAGUGGGUAGUUUUGGGAGGACGGAUAGGAUAGGUAAACUGGGGGUAUUCUGGACACAAAAGAAAAACAUUGAAUUUGGGAGGGCAGAUAGAUAAACUGCGAGUAUCGGGUCACGUUGGUCGUGUUGUGUUGUUGUAGUUCUCUCGCUUCCCGGGGGACAGAAAAAAAAGAGCCGUCGAGAAAACUUAUGUGUCUGAGAAGACACAGAAAAAAAAACAUUGAAUUUGAUAGAACUUAGAAGCAUUGCCAUCCUUGGGAGCAUUUCAAAUCAUUGAUGUUCUUAUUUUACUCCGAGUUGUGAGAAAAUAGUGAAGUGUUAUUUUCGAGUGAACAGCUUUUGGCUUUUCCGUGAGAAUGGCACCACCAUUGCUUCAAGUUGUAGAGGCAUUCAUCAGCAAACUAGAGGAGGAGGUGUGGUGUGCGCACGACUCAGUCGAUCCGUCGACUCCGUCCACUCAGUCGGUCAGAUCUGUCUUGCUCAAUUGCGUG